UGUGUGUGUGUGUGUGUGUGUGUGUGUGUGUGUGUGUGUGUGUGUGCACUCCACCCUUAAGUCAAACUAGUUUAUGUGAAAGUCAGCAGUUCGGAGAGGAAGAUAAAGGACUGUAGGCGAAAGACACACUGUAUUUUCUGCAGAACGAGAAAUAUCCACCGAAAUGAGUGUUUUUGGAGAUCAGGACACAAAUACAGAGAAGACUCUGAUUCAGGAUAAGAGAUCAGACUCGCCUGAACCCAGCUGUGUGUCCAUGAAGAGUGACCGCUCAAAGGAACUUCCACUGAAAUUCAGAGAGGGAGACAGUUCUACUGAACUAAGUUUGAGGGAGGUGAAGAAAUCAGACUCGCCCAGCUGUGUGUCUAUGAAGAGUGACCACUCAAAGGAGUUUCCAUUUAACUUCAAAAAGCGAAACAGUGCUACUGAAGUAAGGGAGGGGAAGAGACCUGAAGCCAGCUGUGUGUCUAUGUGGAGUGACUGUUCAAUUGAUUUUCCACUAAAAUUCAGCGAGGGAGACAUUGCUACUGAACUGAGAACACAAAAGGCUGAAAUCACCUACAAAAAUCACUUGGAAGCUAUAUUCAAGGAGGUGGAGCACAAAGUCAUUACUCUGUUGAAGGAUGAGCUGAAGAGAUUUAAGAAGCUCCUGAGUCCAGAUUACCCAGCAUGCUCUGUGAGGGAGGAGGAUGAGAAGCAUCAGAGCAGUGUCAGAGAGGGAGCGCUGAAGAUCACACUGCACGUCCUGAAGAACAUGAACCAGACUGAUCUUGCUAACACAUUACAAACCAAGCUCAUACCUACAUAUCAGGAAUUGUCUAAGUACAAAUUGAGAAAGAAAUUUAAAAGAAUUAAUGAAGGAAUCUCACAGCAUGGAACCUCGGCACUUCUGAAUGAGAUCUACACAGAGCUCUACAUCACAGAGGGUUGGAGUGGAGACGUCAAUAGUGAACAUGAGGUGAGACAGAUUGAGACAGUGUCCAGGAGACCAGCAACACAGGAGACACCCAUCAAAUGUAAUGACCUGUUUAAAGACAAAUCCAUCAGAACUGUCUUGACUAAAGGAGUCGCUGGAAUUGGAAAAACAGUCUCUGUGCAGAAGUUCAUUCUGGACUGGACUGAAGGAAAAGCAAAUCAGGACAUCUUCUUCAUGUUUCCACUUCCCUUCAGGGAGCUGAAUCUGAUGAAGGGGAAAAACCUCAGUCUGACUAAACUACUUUAUCACUUUUUCCCAGAACUGAAAGAAUUAACAUUAAUAGACUGUGACUCCUACAAAAUCCUCUUUAUCUUUGAUGGUCUGGAUGAGUGUCGCCUUCCUCUAAAGUUCCAGAACAAUGAGAGAUUGUGUGAUGUGACAGAGUCAGCUUCAGUGGAUGUACUGCUUACAAACCUCAUCAAGGGGAAUCUGCUUCCCUCUGCUCUCCUUUGGAUAACCUCUCGACCAGGAGCAGCCAAUCAGAUCCCUCCUGAGUGUGUAGACCAGGUAACAGAGGUACGAGGGUUCAGUGAUCCACAGAAAGAGGAGUACUUCAGGAAGAGGAUCAGUGAUCAGAGCCUGGCCAAUAAAAUCAUCACACACAUGAAGUCUUCAAGAAGCCUCUAUAUCAUGUGCCACAUCCCAGUCUUCUGCUGGAUUUCAGCCACUGUUCUAGAGAGAAUGUUGGGUGAAACAGAGAGUGGAAAGAUCCCCAAGACUCUGACUCAAAUGUUCACACACUUCCUGAUCUUUCAGAUCAAACACAAGGACCAAAAGUACCAUCAGAAUUGUGACCUUUAUCCUCAGCAGACCAGAGAGAGUAUCCUGGCACUGGGAAAACUGGCUUUCCAACAGCUGCAGAAAGGAAACCUGAUCUUCUAUGAGGAAGACCUGAGAGAGUGUGGCAUUGAUGUCAGAGAGGUGUCAGUGUACUCAGGAGUGUGUACCCAAAUCUUCAGAGAGGAGUUUGGGCUUCACCUGGGAAACGUGUUCAGCUUUGUACAUCUGAGUGUUCAGGAGUUUCUGGCUGCUUUAUUUGCAUUUCUCUCCUUUACACUGACAAACAGAAAUGUGCUAGGAAAGCAACCCACUGUAAUUUUUAAUCUCUUUAAAAAUCCAAAUGAGAUGUCUACCUUCCUGAAGAGUGCAGUGGACAAGGCCUUACAGAGUGAGAAUGGACACCUGGACCUGUUCCUCCGCUUCCUUAUGGGUCUCUCACUGGAGUCCAAUCAGACUCUCUUACAAGACCUCCUGCCCAAGACAGGAAGCAGCUCCCAUAGUAAACAGGAAACAGUCAAAUACCUCAAGAAAAAGAUCAGGAAGAAUCACUCUCCAGAGAAAUCCAUCAAUCUGUUCCACUGUCUGAAUGAACUUAAUGAUCAUUCUCUUGUGCAAGAAGUCCAAACUUACCUGAAAGAAACAGGUAACAGUCGUCUCAGUGGAGUCAGUCUCUCUCCUGCUCAUUGGUCAGCUCUGGCAUUUAUUAUACUAAACUCAGAAGACGAGCUGGAUGAAUUUGAUUUGAGAAAUUAUAACUCUUCAGAGGAAUGUCUUCUGAGGUUGCUGCCAGUUGUUAAAGCCUCCAGAAAAGCUGUACUGUGUUGGUGUAAUCUCACAGAGAAAAGCUGUACAGUCCUGUCUUCAGUUCUCAGCUCAAACUCUGCCAGUCUGAGAGAACUGGACCUGAGUAACAAUAACCUGCAGGAUUCAGGAGUGAAGCUGCUCUCUGCUGGACUGGAGAAUCCACACUGUAAACUGGAGAUACUGAGGUUGUGGCUGUGUGGUCUCACAGAGAAAAGCUGUACAGUUCUGUCCUCAGUUCUCAGCUCAAACUCCUGCAGUCUGAGGGAACUGAAUUUGGGUAACAAUAACCUGCAGGACUCAGGAGUGAAGCUGCUCUCUGCUGGACUGGAGAAUCCACACUGUACGCUGGAGAUACUGAGACUGUGUUGGUGUAAUCUCACAGAGAAAAGCUCUACAGCCCUGUCCUCAGUUCUCAGCUCAAGUUCCUCCAGUCUGAGAGAACUGGACCUGAGUCACAAUAACCUGCAGGAUUCAGGAGUGAAGCUGCUCUCUGCUGGACUGGAGAAUCCACACUGUACACUGGAGAUACUGAGGCUGGAGUAUUGCAGUAUUACAGGUGAAGGCUGUGCUGCUCUGGCUUCAGCUCUGAAAAAUCCUUCAUCACGCCUGAGAGAACUGAACCUGAAAGGUAAUAAACCAGGAGAAUCAGAAAUGAAGCUGCUCUCUGAUCUACUGAAGGAUCCACACUGUCAACUGGAGAAACUACUAAUCUGAUCUGUGUGAGUCUCACACACACACACACACACACACACAC